AUGAGUGAAAAGCAAGCAUUCAAGUGGAAUGAAGAGGGAAAUAAAGAAUUUGAAUCAAUAAAGGAAGCCAUUGCUCAGGCACCUAUUCUUGUUAAUCCAUAUUUUAAGAAAGAUUUUAUUAUCUAUUGUUAUGCCUCGGAGCAUACCAUGUCAUGGAUUUUGUUACAAAAGAAUGAAGGUAAUGAAGAAGUCCCAAUAUCCUUCAUGAGUGUUCCCCUCAAGAAACAUGAGCUGAAAUAUUCCCUAAUGGAAAAGCAAGUGUAUGUGGUCAUGAAAGUUGUAAAACAAUUUAGGUACUAUAUCCUUCAUUCUCACGUAGUUGUUUAUGUGCCUCAUUCUGCAGUUAAGAGAAUUCUAACACAACAAGGUAUAAGAAUGAAUAAUAGAGCCUCAUGGGUGUCUAAAAUACAAGAGUUUAAUUUGAACAUUAAACCAAUAGAAUUAGUGAGGGGACAAGGCCUGUGUAAGUUGACUGCAGAAAGUAAGAAUGAAAUGACUGAGGAGCUGCCCUUAGUCCUAUUUGUUGGGCUUCAAGAUUCCUGGUUUGCAGAUGUUGCAUAUUACUUAACCUAUGGGGACUGUCUAGCACAUCUCUCUCCAAGAGAAAAAUGGAACUUGAGACUAAAGGCUGCCAAAUAUGUUAAUUUUGAUGAUGUGUUGUACAAAAAGGGGUUAGAUGGAACUUUCCUUCGCUGUAUGUUCAAGGAUUCAUACACUUGGGUAGCCAAGUGUGAAAAGUGUAAAUUAUUCACAGGAAAGCCACAACUUGCAGCAUUACCUCUUCGGCCGGUAGUUGUGAACGAACCAUUCAAACAACGAGGUUUAGAUUUUAUAGGUCCCUUGUCACUUACCUCAAGUGCAGGGCAUACACAUAUAUUGGUAGCCACAGAUUACUUCACCAAAUGGGUUGAAGCCAUUCAAGUGCGAAAGAUGACUUCUGAGAUUGUUUGUAGUUUUCUUAAAGAAAAUAUUCUGGUUCGAUUUGGAGUUCCUCAAAAAAUUAUGGCUGAUAAUGCAGCUAACUUCUCUUCUGCUGAGAUUUCAUUAUUUUGUUAUGAUCAUGGGAUAUCCCUCACUUACUCUUCAGAUUAUUACCCUCAGGGUAACGACCAGGUGGAGUUGAGUAAUAAAAAUCUAAUAAAUAUUAUGAAGAAAUUGGUGAGUGAAAAUUUCAAAGACUAG